AUGACUAGGAACAUCGCAAAGUUUUGUUGGACAGUUGUUUUCAUUUUAUUUGCAGUUCUUGAUAAUGUUAAGUCUGAGGAAAACAUUAAGCUCAAUCCAAAAACAAAAUUCUUUGAAGUCAUUCUAGACCGAGUUGAGGUUCUUUAUGAAGAUCCAAAAUUUUUUGAAACACAUCUUCGAGUCAAAAAAGUAAACAAAACUCGAACACUUGUUGGUUACGCUGACAUAAGACAAGCUAUUGGCAAUGAUUGUGAUGCAGAGCUUAAAACUUUAAAGAAACAAGGUGGCGAAUAUCGAUACAGUCCAUACAAAGUAAGUGCAAUUCCACUGUGUGAAGGUUUAGCCUCAGACACUUAUGUCUAUCCUGAAUUUGCUGCAAAUUCCGACUUUCCUUUAGACAUUGCCAAUAAUUGUCCAAUACCUGCGGGCAACUAUUCAAUGCGUGGAAUAUCAUUUACACUUGAAAAUGUUCCAACUAAUGUCGCACAAACAGGCGAGUACGGAUGUGAACUUAUUUUUUCCAAAAACAAUGAAACUAUUGCUAUGUAUCGCAUUUAUGGUUAUGUAAAUUUUGUAUAA